AUGACCUAUUCUUUGGUCAUAUAUCUGGUGCUACUAUUCCGACGGUUUGGUUACCGACACCCGAGUUCUGUACCCCUUCAGUGGUUCACUAAUAUAUUGGUUGUUACCAUAAAUUUGUACCAAUUCUUCAUUAUAUACGACAAGAAUAUUCCUAUUCUUGAGGCUGUAUUGAAUUGCUUGGAGCUGUUCCUCACAAUAAUAGCACUUAUUAUCUCGUGUUUAACCACAAGAUAUUCAGACUUCGAGGAAUUGGGAGCAGAAUGUGAGCCCAAGUGUCCAAUGAAUGACUUCAAUGUCUUCUCCAAAAUAUUCAUCAUUUGGAUGAAAACACUCCUAAAACACGGCUACAAAUCGACCGCCGAUUUGACUCCACAUUUGCUUCCGGUCUGCGAUUAUAUGAAAUCCCUUCACGCUUUCAAUGCGUUUGAAUCGGCGGACAGCAAAUACAACUCAAAUCGACUCAAAUCUGAGAUCAUUUGGACCUCUUGUGUAACCGCUGGGGCACUAGUCUUAUGCAAAGUCGCCGCAGAUUUUAUUCAGACCUAUAUUCUCGCAAAACUAAUAGACUUUGUGUCCGAUUCCGAUCACAUGUGGCACGGAGUGUGUUAUGCCAUCGCUUACUGUCUCUUUAAUCUCAUGUCAAGACUAUUUGAUUGUCACUCAAUAUUGUUGACAAUAUUGGGCUCAUAUAGGGUUUCCUCGUCCCUCACGAUUGCAAUCUAUAAGAAAAUGCUGAGACUUAGCGCCGGUUCUCGCCGUACCUUCACAACAGGUGAAAUCAAUAACAUAAUGAGCGUCGAUGUGAUGACAAUAUGUGAUUUCAUUCGUGUGAUGACCAACUUGUAUACAAUACCCCUACUGUUCAUAAUCGGGGAAUACUUUCUGUGGCAACAAUUGGGUCCCUCAUCGCUGAUGGUGUUUGCGGUGAUGGCAGUGGUAUUACCCUGGACAACUUUCAUAUCCAAACGCAUCGAGAAGAUUCAGGCAAAACAAAUGGAGUUAAAGGAUACGCGAAUCAAACAAAUCAGUGAAGUGUUAAGUAAUAUAAAACUUCUCAAACUGUUUGGUUGGGAGAAGCCGUUUAUGGAUAGGAUUUCCAAAACCAGACAUCAAGAGUUGCAUGAACUUAAGAUUUUCAAUUAUUUCUACGCAAUUAUUUAUGUGUGCUGGAUGGCAGUACCCUUUAUUAUGGCGGGAAUUACAUUCACAGUGUAUCUACAUACUUCCGUUCACUUUAUCUUAUUUCACUCGAGCUAUUGUCUCGUUUCGACGAAUUCUUCUGAAGAAUUGGACGAAAGUGUGGAAAGGGAUGAGAGAAGUGACGAUUCCAGUGAUGAGAGAUAUGCCGUGUCUUUGAAGAAGUGUUGCUUUUCGUGGAGUUUAGAAGAAGAGCCGAUUCUAAAGGAUAUUACACUGAAUGUGAAGAAGGGAUCGUUGGUUGCGAUCGUGGGAAGAGUGGGAUCGGGAAAGUCGUCCCUAUUUUCAGCCCUAAUGGGCGAUAUGUACCAAACGGGAGGCUCGAGGAGUGCAAUGAGGGGUUCGGUGUCUUAUGUGCCACAAUCGGCUUGGAUUCAAAACAUGAGUCUCAGACAAAACAUUGUGUUUGUGUCGGACUACGAUCGGGGCAAAUAUGAACGGGUAGUCAAAGCGUGUGCUUUGGACACGGAUUUCAAUUCACUUCCGGCAAAGGAUUUGACAGAAAUCGGCGAAAAGGGAAUCAAUUUGAGUGGCGGACAGAAACAUAGAGUGAGUUUAGCCCGAGCUGUAUAUCACGGGUCAGACAUCUAUCUGUUGGACGACCCCUUGGCUGCAGUGGACGCACACGUCGGACAACAUCUGUUCGAACGAAUCAUUGGACCGAAAGGACUGCUGAGGAAUACGACACGAAUACUGGCCACACAUCACAUGGAAUUCCUUCGCGAAGCCGAUCACAUACUGGUGUUGAGUGAGGGAAGGGUUGUCGAGUCGGGCGGUUAUGACGAGUUGGCUGAGAGGGGA